GGGCGGCGAAGGGGAUUGUGGGAGCGCCUCCUCGUCGCCCCGCAGACUUGCGGGAAAUGUAGUGCAGUUUCCUCCAACAUGGCUGCGCCCAGUAUUGGCAUGGACAGCAACCAUCAAAGUAAUUACAAACUCAAUAAAACCGAGAAGAAGUUUUUAAGGAAACAGAUUAAAGCCAGGCAUACUUUGCUGAGACACGAAGGCAUUGAGACAGUAUCCUAUGCCACUCAGAGCCUGGUUGUUGCCAAUGGUGGUUUGGGUAACAGUGUGAGUAGGAGCCAGCUGCUCCCAGCACUAGAGAAGUGUGGGCUGGUGGAUGCUCUCCUAAUGCCACCUAAUAAGCCCUACUCGUUUGUGAGAUACAGGACUGCCGACGAAGCCAAGAAAGCCUACAUCACCCUCAACGGGAAGGAAAUAGUGGAUGAUUUAGGACAAAAGAUCAUUCUGUACUUGAAUUUUGUGGAAAAAGCACAAUGGAAAGAGUUGGGGCUUCAGGCCUUACCUCCAGGCCUCAUGGUAGUAGAAGAAAUUAUUUCUUCUGAGGAUGAGAAAAUGCUUUUGGAAAGCGUUAACUGGACAGAGGAUAUGGACAAUCAAAAUGUUCAAAAAUCCUUAAAGCACAGGAGAGUAAAGCAUUUUGGUUAUGAAUUCCACUAUGAGAACAACAAUGUAGAUAAAGACAAGCCAUUACCUGGGGGUCUUCCUGACAUUUGGGAUAGCAUUCUGGAGAAAUGGUUGAAAGAAGGUUUGAUUAAACACAAACCCGAUCAGUUGACCGUAAACCAGUAUGAACCUGGGCAUGGAAUUCCUGCUCAUAUUGACACACAUUCUGCUUUUGAGGAUGAGAUUGUUUCUCUCAGUUUGGGGUCAGAGAUUGUCAUGGAUUUUAAGCACCCAGAUGGUGUCACAGUGCCAGUCAUGUUGCCUCGUCGGAGUUUGCUGGUGAUGACCGGAGAAUCUAGAUACCUCUGGACACAUGGAAUCACACCCAGAAAAUUUGAUACUGUUCAAGCAUCCAAGGGUCACAAAAGUGGAAUUAUCACCAGUGAUGUUGGAGACUUAACUUUAAGCAAGAGGGGAAUACGGACAUCAUUUACAUUGAGGAAAGUGAGGCAAACACCUUGUAAUUGUAGCUACCCUGUGGUCUGUGACAGCCAGAUGAAGGCGACCCCCCCAUCAUUCCCAGGGAGUGCUAGAGAAGCCUCACAGCUGGAGCAAGAAUACGUCCAUCGAGUCUAUGAGGAGAUUGCUGGGCACUUCAGCAGCACAAGACACACCCCGUGGCCGCGUGUCGUGGACUUCUUGAAAGCUUUGCCAAGUGGUUCAUUAGUGGCCGACGUUGGCUGUGGGAACGGAAAGUAUCUUGGCAUCAAUAAGGAGUUAUAUAUGAUUGGUUACGAUCGUAGCCAGAACCUCGUGGACAUUUGUCGAGAGCGACACUUUCAGGCCGUCAUCGGUGAUGCACUGGCCGUGCCCUUGCGCAGCGGCUCUUGUGACGCCUGCAUCUCCAUUGCUGUGAUUCACCAUUUCUCAACAGCAGAGCGGAGAGUGGCGGCUCUCCGAGAACUCGUUCGACUCUUGAGACCUGGUGGGACGGCACUCAUUUACGUCUGGGCGAUGGAACAAGAAUAUAAUAAGAAGAAAUCCAAGUAUCUUAGAGAAAACAGAAUUAGCCAAGGAAAGGAAGAGAUCAGCAGUGGUGCAGUGGUGCCAGAGUCGCUGACGGAGCAGGUGCCUGACGUGGGCAACCAGGAUGCCGCAGGCUGUGUCGCCGCCAUCACUGACCUCCAGGAGGGAGGGGGUCAUGCCAGCACAGUCACCAAGGCCAAGCUUCCUGUUCACACUAACAGGACUUCUUUUCAUUCUCAAGACUUACUGGUUCCCUGGCACCAUCACGGGAAGCCUGGGAAAGACAAGGCUGUUGGUGCAGCAGGACCCCGUGACCCAGGCCCCGUGUUUCAUCGUUACUACCAUGUGUUCUGUGAGGGCGAGCUGGAGGCGGCCUGCCAGACUCUGGGUCACGUCCGCCUACUGCAGAGCUACUACGAUCAGGGCAACUGGUGUGUGAUUCUUCAAAAGCUCUGAUUGUCUCCGUGAACAUAGAACAGGGAAGAAAGGCUCAGCUUGGUUUUUUAAAGGAGACUAAAUUUUCUGUCUUUAUAGUUAAAGAGAAAACUUGUGGAAAAGUCCCAAAGGAGAACGAAUGCCUGAGAGAGAUUUGGGAGCCAAGAUUAGUUAGGACACAUCCAGUGUACUACUAUUGCAGACCUCAUCCGUAAAUGUAGGCUUCUCCUGAAUGGGGAGGAACAGGGACGGUCUGUAGCAGUGAGUGAAGUCAUCUGUGAAGUAUUUGGGAACUUGGGGUGAGAACACAGCACGUCCAAAAUAAACUUCUGCUGUAAAUGUUAUUAAUUGAGCUGAAUCAUGUAGAUCUUAGUGAUGUAAUCAUACAUUUUAAUAAAAUAUUCUUGGUCAGUAGAGAAUUGUCUGAAGUUUUAUCUUUGAUUAUUAACUCUGUAAAAUCACAGAUGAUAACCACUCUGUCCCUUCACCUUACUAACACAGGGCCUGACACACAGUAGGUGCUCAGUAAAAUUGUAGUCCAUCAGCUAAUAGCCAUACCUUAGUAGGAGCGUCAUCCAACAAAUCCUCAUUGAACCUGUACUAUGUAUCAGUUACUAUUCUAGCUACUGGGAGUGGAGCCCCGAACAAGAACAACAGCUCUUGCCCUCCUGGAACUUAGGUUGUAGGAGGAGGACAGACAAUCAGCAAACAAACACACUGUGUGCUAGACGGUGAUAAAUGCCACGGGGGAAGGUAAGAUAGCGGGAGGGUGCACCUGAGAACAAAAGAUGUAGUUUUAAAGGGCUGAGAUAACCACUAAUCCUGACUGUAGUUUAUUACCAAGAAUGAAUUGGUACCCCUAAUGCAUUGACUGUGUGCUAAGGGCAACCCCAAUAUGCUCUUGUAACUCCUUUGUUUAAAUAGCAAAGGUUAGAAUUGUCAGUCAGACCUAAUUAUGCCCGUUGAGCCAAAGCUAUGGUGCCACUAUUGGGUAUU